UGAACAAACAGCCAUUGAAUACAAAUGAGGUCAUGGAUUCAGCACCAGGCGGAGGACCGUCAGCUCGGCUCACACACCGUCUGAUGGGGAAAUAACACUGAAAGAUGAGCGUAAUGAGUGAUUCAGCUCACACCGAGGCUGGAGGACGACCGUAGGGGUGUGUUUAACCAGCUGUGUGAAGCCUGGACUCUUGUUCCUGGGAUUCCCGUGUUGCUGGCUGCCGGUUCAGGGCCGGGGGUGUGUGUGUGUGUGUGUGUGUUUGCGGUGGAGACUGGUGUGAACCCAGCUCCUGCUGGGAUUUACUGGAGGCUGAGCGGCGUUAAGCUCCACGGCAGCAGCAGCUCCAGGCCUCAGCCGGCCGGCUGGCGGGGGAGAAAUGAGUCUGAAGCAGCGGAUCGUCCUCUGCUGGGUUUUAGUGAUCAUCGCUUCACUGGCAGCAGUUUCAGCCGAGCGGCCAGACGAUGAGCAGUGCGCCGAACUCAACAACACCACGUGGCAGGAGUACCGGCAGCAGCGAGCCCGGCUGCAGGUUCAAUACCUGCUGCUGAGCAGGAGGAACCCGGACUGCGCCCAGAGGUUCAGCCAGGAGUCUCUGGAGCAGCAGGCCUCGCAUUUCAACGGCUCGCUGCCCACCAAGGUCAUCAUCCACGGCUACAGGGCUCUGGGCAGUAAGCCCUCCUGGGUGAAGGAGCUGGCCCAGGCCCUGCUCCGGGCCCAGGACGCUAACGUGGUGGUGGUGGACUGGGUCUACGGAGCCUCCUUCGCCUACAACCUGGUGGUGGAGAACUACAAGGAGGUGGCGGUGCAGAUCUCCGUCCUCAUCAACGAGAUGCAGAAACACGGAGGCCGGCUGGAGCAGUUCCACUUCAUCGGGGUCAGCCUCGGGGCGCACGUCGCCGGGUUCGUGGGGACGCUGUUCGAAGGGAAGAUCGGAAGAAUCACCGCCCUGGACCCCGCUGGGCCCAUGUUCAAAGGAGCCGACACCUUCGACCGCCUGGACCCGUCCGACGCCCAGUUUGUGGACGCCAUCCACACCGACUCCGACUAUUUCGGGAUUUCCAUCCCUGUGGGCCACGUCGACUUCUUCCUGAACGGAGGAAAGGACCAGAUCGGCUGCGCUCGCUCCAGAUUCCCUUCAAUUCUCAUUUAUUUCCCAGUGUACGGCUACGUGAUCUGCGACCACAUGAGGGCGCUGCACGUCUACAUGAGCGCGCUGAACGGCUCGUGCACGCUGCUGGGGGUCCCGUGCGCCUCCUACGAGGACUUCCUGCAGGGCCGGUGUGUGGACUGCGAGGACUUCAAGGGCUCCUGCCCCACCAUAGGUUUAUCACAGAACAGUGGCAUACACACAGCUCUGCUUCCCAGUGAGAAAAAGCUCUUCCUCCUCACCACGUCUUCGCCUCCUUUUUGUGCUCAUCACAUCCUGCUGGAGCUGGAGGUUUCUCCGCUGGAGAAGAGCGCCGAGCUGGAGGUCACUCUGAGGACCGAGAACCUGGGAACCGAGCGGCGGCUGCGGCUGCAGACCGACAGGGCGGUCUACAGGGCCGUGCUGCCUCAUCCCGCCCCCCUCUGUGAGAUCAGCUCCAUCUGGAUGAAGAACACCGGCGCCCGGUUCUACCGGCAGGCAGAGAUCCACGUCAAGUCCGUCUGCGUGUCCGAGUUCCCCUCGCCGAGGCCGGAGAAGCCUGUGUGUGUGAACAACGUCCGCCUGAGGCGAGGAGCUCCGUGGUCACAUGACCUGGUGCAGGUCUGCAGCGUCUUCUGAUCCCAGUGACUCCAGAGACCAUUGGUCGCUUUCUUACUUCCUCUGCCUCGUUUUUUUAUUGACUAUAAAAUAAAGCGGUAUGAACGACUGUUCUGAGUUGCAGAAAAGAAGUUUGCACUAAUUAUUAGAGUUUUCUGUUUUCCUCUUUGCUCGCUGUUGCCUCCAGGAAGACUUUAUUCAAAUGAAAUUCACUUAUUCUGUGGUUUUAGAAGGACUCAGUUUCUCCCGAGUGUUUUUAUUUUGAAAUGUUAUUUUGUAGUAUUUUUAGAAAUAAA